UCACGCGAUGUUUUUAAGUGCUAUGGCGUACCAGGAAGGGGAGUCGCUUGAAUCUUGGCUCAAUAAAGCCACCCAUCCAACAAACAGACAGGAGGACUGGGAGUACAUCAUAGGCUUCUGUGAUCAGGUCAACAAGGAACUUGAGGGUCCUCAGAUAGCAGUAACUCUGCUCGUCCACAAAAUCCACUCACCACAAGAAUGGGAAGCACUUCAGGCUCUGACAGUAUUGGAGGCAUGUAUGAAGAACUGCGGGAGAAGGUUUCAUAACGAAGUUGGAAAAUACAGAUUUUUGAAUGAACUAAUUAAAGUUGUGUCUCCAAAGUACAUGGGUGACAGUGCACCCGAGAAGGUGAAGAUGAAGAUUGUAGAGAUGCUGUACAGCUGGACGGUUGCUUUUCCCAACGAAGCCAAAAUCAGUGAAGCCUACCAGACGCUGAGAAGACAGGGCCUUGUGACAAAUGAUCCAGAGUUACCGCUGGACAAGACUCUGGUUCCCUCUCCUCCGACACGACCUAAACACCCAGUGUUCGACAACGAGGACAUGGGAAAGCUGCUUGCUGAGCUUCUCCGGAGUAAAAAUCCAGAAGACCUCCAGGAAGCCAACAGAUUAAUCAAAAACAUGGUGAAAGAGGAUGAGGCUCGCGUGCAAAAGGUUACUAAGCGACUGCACACGCUGGAGGAGGUGAACAUCAACGUCAAGCUGCUGACUGAGAUGCUGUCCCACUACAACAAAGACCGCUCCACUGACUCAGACAAGGAGAUCAUUAAGGAACUCUACGAGCGUUGUGACAAGCUAAGGCGCGCUGCUUUCAAAAUGGCCACGGAGACAGAAGACAAUGACACCAGUUUAGGUGACAUCCUGCAGGCCAGCGAUGACCUCUCCAGAGUCAUCAACUCCUAUAAGAAAAUAGUGGAGGGACAGCCGAUCAAUGGUGACAGUGAAGAGCCUCGAUCUACAGCUGAUCACAGUGAGAGCGAGACCACAGAUACGCUGAUCGACCUCGCCGGCCUUGACACGCCGAGCCCUCCUCAACCCGCCGUCCCUCUCUCCCAAUCCACACAUCCUGUCUCCGCCAAUCCUACGGCUUCCCCCAUACCCGUCCUGCCUCCUCCUCCCAAACGCCUGGCCGGCUCCCACGGCAGUCAGAGCAGCAGCCCGAGCCACCCCCCUCUCGACAAGGCCUCCACUGCUCUCUCGCUCCUCGAUGAUGAGCUGCUGUCCCUAGGACUAAAUGACCCCCCUAGCUCUCUGAGCAGCCAGUCAAAACCCAAGUUGAACGAAGUGUCCAGCCAGUGGACGUCCUUGCAGGCUCCAGCAUCAAGCGUGGGUAUGUUUGGCAGUGUAGCUUGUUCAGGUCCAGUGGUGGCUCCAGCUGAGCCAGCAGCCGGCAUACACAGUCUCCAGAACCUGCAAGACCUGGCCAUGAUGGGGUUUUCAGAUCAUAAGAGUAUGUCCAGCCAGAUGACGGCCAGAGGAAGCAGCUUUGGGAUAACCCCUGCAGCAGCACCUACUCUCGUAUCUGGGCAGGGCUCUCCCUCCUCAGCCGCUCUUCUCCAGGGCACAAUGCCCGGCUCUCCUGCCCUGUCUCAUGCUAAGGCCCAGAGUCUUGGCUCAGCCCCGGGCAGCCCACUGUUCCGCUCACUGUCCCCCUGCCACCCUCCCUUCCAGGGCAGCCCGGUCAGAGCCACAGACAUCUCCCUGAGCAAUGUGCACGUCCCUCUGGAGGCCAUCAGACCCAGUAAAGUGCUGCCUGUGACUGCCUACGAUAAGGAUGGUGUGCGUGUCCUGCUCAACUUUGCAUCUGACUGUCCCCCCGGCAGACCUGAUGUGCUCGUUAUGGUGGUGUCCAUGCUCAAUACAGCGCCCCUGCCUGUUCACAAUGUGGUACUGCAAGCUGCUGUGCCCAAGUCAAUGAAGGUGAAGCUGCAGCCUCCAUCGGGAACAGAGCUGGCACCAUUCAACCCCAUCCUACCUCCAGCCUCCAUCACCCAGAUCAUGUUGCUGGCUAAUCCAGCAAAUGAGAAAGUGCGUCUGCGCUACAAGCUGGCUUUCACGCUGGGAGAUCGUCUGUGCAACGAGGUUGGAGAGGUCGACCAGUUCCCCCCUCCAGAGACGUGGGGUCAUCUAUAGCAGCGUGCAGGCCUGUUACCGUUCAGCAGGGGCAGACCGCUUCAUACUCCAUGAAGGGUUGUGUAUGUGUGUAUUCACAUGCAUCCCAGAGAGAGAAAGGAGGGGAAGGUGAGGAAAUUCAGCUGCAUUGUUACAGUAAAAAUAACGUUCAGCUUCACAUUCCUUAUAGUUGUUUUUCAUUUUCUGGCCACUGUUACACCUGACAGUGAGAUGUUAACAACAACAACAGACACUAAAAGUUUUAUUUAUACAGAGCUCAUGCUUCUCUGCAGAUAGCUAACAAAUAUAUACACUGGUAAAGUGAGAUAGCCAUAGUGUUAACAGGUCGAUGGUCUUGAGAUUCAUAUUUUAAUGGAUUUCCCCGAGUGUACUUUCAAUAAUAAAUGCGUGCGAGCUCUGCCUGAGAUUGAAAUGUUGCACUGCAGCAUAAAAAAUAUCUUAAAAGAAAUUAAGCUCUGAGUUGACCGAGCCUAAAAGACAAACAUGCUUUUAUUUAUACUUCUGUCUGAACACUUAACCAGGGUGCAAAAGAUAUACUUGAAUAUAUCCAGAGAUUUGGAAAUGGUAUCCAGAAUUCUUAAGAUGAAGUUACACUGGAAAAUUGUUGAAAAAGUACUGUCACAUAUUCAUUUCUGCAGGAAGAUAGUGGACUCUAUUCAUUAUGUAUUAAUUAUCUGAUCAUUUUAGCCAUCAGGAUUUUUGACAUGGUUAAGUAAACUGUGUUUAACAAUUAAAUGAGCUAAUGUAGCCCUGUGCUAGAUUAGUGGACCAAAAAUGUUGAGUACUGAGCUGUAAAGCAAAGUAAGGCAACUGGCAAAUAAUGGAUAUGUCAGGAUAAAGUCUGCUGCAUCCAACACUGGUUUUAUUUUAUGUGACUAGUUUUUUAUUUUGAAAGUGAAUGAAAAAGUGAUUUCAAAAGCAUUUCAAUCUUGUUUUUUGUUUUUUUUUUUUGGUUAGUUUUUUGUUCCUUUUUUGCAGUGGGUAUUUGUAUUUUUGUUCUGUAUUUUAAAGAUGUUUACUUUUCUGCCAGUCUCAGUAUUGGGAGUAUUAUUUGUCAUAUUUAUUAUUUUCUGUCAUAGUAUUUCAGUGCAUCACUGAACCUAGAAAAUGUGAACUGAAAAAUCUGAAUUUGAAAUUUGGUAGUUUUGAAAGGGAAAUCUGUCACCAGGCAGAUGACUUUUCAGUGUGCAGCAGUGGGAUGGAGUGGAACUGUGCUGUGAGUAAAUUUUCAUAAAUCAGUCCAGCCGAUCCUCCCUUAGCUCCCCUCUCUGGUAGCCCCCAGCUUAUCAUCAUAUGGGAUGUACAGAAGUGUGUGUUUAAUGUACAUAGUAUAUAAUGUUAUGUACCUAUUGUUUGUUCUAUGACCAGUUAUGUGAACAUGUGACACGUAGAUUUUGGGAGUGUUAGGUCUGUACAUACUGUAUGAUGUGCCAUUUGUCCGCUGCAUGAAAAAAAUAAA